CGCUUCCGUCCCCCGUUCCCCCCCACACGUGCCCGGGCUUUGUGCGCGCGGGCGGGCGGGCAGUCCCGCCGCCACAUCCCCGUCCCUUUCGCUUUCCCUUUCCGUUCCCCUUCCCCGCCGCGCCCCAUGGCGGCCUGGUUCACCUCCAGGGCGGAGGAGGACGAGGCGGAGGACGAGGCGAACCUCUGGACGUACGACUCCACCUGGGAGGGGGAGGAGGACGACGAGGAGGAUGGCGGCGGCGAGCCGGAGGGAGCGGCGGCGGAGGAGCCGGAGAAUGCGGGGGAGCAGCCGGGGCAGGGCCGGGCGGGGGGCUGCCGGCACAGCCAGGUCUGCUUUGUGUGUGGCACCUGCCUGUUCACCGCUGCUGAUGGCCGCUGGAUUGGACAUUAUGGCAUUGAUUUUCUUGCUUUUAAGUUUGUGCCUGGAUGGUUUUCUUUACACCUGAAGCGUCUAAUGUCUUUCUUUAGUACUGAGGAUCAAGGCUCAAAUUCCUCACUGCUGUCUUGGGGGAGUUUUCAGUGCAGUGGGAGGCGCAACUGGACUGCGGCGAGAGACCUGCAGAGAUACAGAAACCAUUACCCAGAUUUGAAAGAACCAGAAAAUGAGGAGGAAGAAGAGAUGUGGAACUUAAGCUUUUAUAAAAAUGAGAUCGCUUUUGUGCCCCACGGUGUGUUUAUUGAAACUCUGCUUUCAUCUUGGUGGGACAAGUAUGAAAUGCUGGAAGAAAACCAUUCUUACAUACAGUGGCUGUUCCCUUUACGUGAACACGGGAUGAACUGGCGUGCCAGGCCACUCACCUGUCAAGAAAUCCAGGCCUUUAGGAAGUCCAAGGAAGUUAUGGACAGGUUUAUCCGUGCUUACAAGCUCAUGCUGGGAUUUUAUGGAAUACAUCUGGUCAACGAAGAAACUGGAGAACUUAAGAGAGCAGAGAAUUGGCGUGAACGAUUUGAAAACUUGAACAGGUUCAGCCACAACAAUUUGAGGAUUACUCGCAUCCUGAAGUGCCUGGGGGAGAUGGGAUAUGAAGACUAUCAAGUGCACUUGGUGAAGUUUUUCCUCACAGAAACUCUUGUUGAGGGGACAUUACCAAAUGUCAAGAGAAGUGCCUUGGAUUACUUCCUGUUCACUGUCAGAAGCAAAGAGAAGAGGAGAGAACUCGUCCACUAUGCUUGGCAACACUUCAGACCUCCGGGCAGCUUCGUGUGGGGGCCUCACGACAAACUCCGGAAGUACAGACCCCGCUCUGCCAAGCCACAGCUGCACCAAAGGCCUGAGGAUAAACAGGACACUCCAUGUCAAAAAUGUGGUGAUUCUGUGGGGAAGGAUCAGAACCAGUCUCCAGAGGUGGAACAGAAAGCUGGAGAUGCUGCAGAGUUGCAGCCUGAAAUGAGUGAUGAGCAUGUAAAGGAGAAGAUAAGCAAAUGUGUUCUGAAGGGAGGAGAUGAUGAAGAGGAGAAAGAGGCUUCAUUUGCCCAGCUGGAGGAGAAGGAUUUAAAAAGUGAAGCUGAAGAAGUGCAGGGUACAGCAGAGAAUGAUUGCACAAAGGAGAGCAAGAAGAGAAAACUGAGUGCAAAUAUGGCAGAUGCUAAAGGGGAUGGAUCGCUGAAAAACUCUGCUGAUAUUGAAAACAUUUCCCAUAAUCUGGGAGAGUGUGCAAUUGAUGCAGAGAUCCCCCCCUCAGGCCCGGAAUCCCAGGCAGAAGAGGACCAGGAAGCACUGAAGGAAGAUGAUUCAAGCACCAAAGAGCCGGCAGCGCCAGAGGCCACGGAUGCAGCUGUGAAACGCAGGAAGGUUGAUAAAAGAACAUUGAGAAACAAACCAGUCAACUUGGCCAUAAACCUGAGCAUGGGGUCCUCGGCCUCUGGUGCCAAGGCAAAUCCAUCUGCAGCUAACAGUGAGGGUGGAAAAGAAAAUGUCAGUGAGAAAAAUACAGCUGUGGAAGUGCCAAGUGAGAAAGGCGGUGGUGGUAGUGGUGAUGCAGAUGGUGGGACUGUGAGACCCCCGGCUGCUUCCAGGCUCCCCAGGACUGGCUGCACUGCUCCAGUCAAGGAUGGCUGGAAGUCGAGUGGAGAUCAAGACUCGGCAGGGGGUGAUCAGCACCACUGCAACAGCAAACUCCUGGGGGGUAAAAGUGAGCUAGAUGGGGUAGGACAGCAGGAAAAGGCAGAAAAUGCAGGUGAAAAAGGGCAAGCAGAAGACACAGACCAGAAGCAAGCUCCAGAGAGUCAUGAGCAGAGCAUGACACCCACUUGUCCUGAAGAAAACAGUGCUGAGGUCCCAGAAGAAAAAGCUGAAGGCUCUGAGAAUGCAGCAGAGCCUGGUGGAGAGGAGGGAGCAGCAGAGUGAGAGCAGCACGGCAAGCGCCUGAGCCAGCAGAGAUGGCACUGCCCUGUCUGCUGGGAGCCAGCUUUGGUGGCUUGGAGAACUGAAUAAAUUUCUUUUGGGAUGAUUUAGCUGGCCCCCGUCUCACUCUUCCAUGGUUUUUUAAUCAUCUCUAGUAAACUCACUGAGAUCCAGCUCUUGGUUACUAUAAAGAGGAAGACUCAAUUACUCAUCUUCAUGGACAGGCUGUGUCCUGUUCCAGGGUUUUAUCAGAUGUUCAGGGCUAUCUUGGAGCAACGGGGAUUUUUGCACUUUGCUUUGAUUCUGGUCAUGUCCCUACUGAAAGUGAAGAGGAGAACUGAUCUGUCUCCUUGUUUGAAUUCCUUAAGUGUUUAUUAAAGACAAUGUUUUUUAAUGUAAGACAGCAUGACCUAAUUUGCCAGGCCUUUCUACUACUGUGUGACUUCUGUUUGUUAUUGUGAAAGGCUGGACCUUACCAGGAGUUUUUUCCUGGCAAAAGUGCUGUUUCUCUAAAAGAGAUGAGUAUAUGGAUUUCACACGAUGUCAGAGUGUAGUUGCCUCUCCUCCUGUAAGCAAAGUAGGUUGGGCUUUAGACUGGGAUAAAAAGCCAAAAUGUGUCUCUGACCAGUAUGAACCUUUGUGUAGAGAUUCUUCUGUUCUCAGAGGUGCAAAGUGCUGGGUAAUUAGUUCUCUUCAUCCCCACAGAGGUUGCUUUGUAAUUCUUGUUAGAGUUGUUAAGACUACAAGUUACCUACUGAUUUCUAAGAGAAUAAGCUCCAGGUUUUGCAUAAAACCCUUUAGAGCUGCUCUUCCCCAGGUUUUCCCACCACUUUUAGACCCUUUAUAGUCUUCCACAGAUUUUUGUGUCCAUGACUGUUUCAAAGGCCCUCGUUUCUCAGUUGCCAGAACAGCACAAAUAUUUCCCAGUGCAUAUUUUUCAGCCUUUGCUGGUAAUUUGGAGUGGCCGGGGGGGCUCUUUUCUGCAGGCCCAUGGUGUGAGGUUUGAUGUGUCAGAUCCAACCCAUUUCCCACUUAGGGCAGGGUUGCUUUGCCUUUAAUGUCAGAUAGCCAGGGCAUGUUGCAGUGCAGCUUGUCUGGAAACCACUGGGCUUUGUGGGGCAGUUAAUUGAAACGUUAAUUGGAGAGGCUAUGCUUGUCUGGUUCGUUUAUUUCCAGCCCUCAAGACUUUAUUUUCAGACCUUGCCAGCUCUUUGCCUGCCUCAGUGGUUCCUGACCUCCUUGUCAGCUGUUCUGCCGUGCUUGUACAAUAUUCCACCGAGUCUGAAGGAGCAUUAAAACCGUUUAGCACCUUCACUCCUAAAAAUGUACAACACAGGAUCCGUUUCAUGAAGCAGAGGAAACUGUUUCCAAUAGCCUGAAGGUCUGGACUUGCUGUUUGCUCAGCUUGUUUGGGUUGGUUUUGAGGUUCUUUGGUGAUGCUUGGUUUGUGUAGGAGAUGGCCAGAGAGCAGAUGCAGCAGCCUGUGAAAUGUCAAUGUUUUUCCUCUCUGCUACAGCUCUUAAGAAGUUUCGUGUUUCAGGGGAUUUGAAGGGUGAUUUGCCUUCCCAGACUAUAGGUUCUGAUCCAGCAUGCCACAUACAUGCGUGGGAGUAAAAGUCUGCAAGCUUAACAUCUGAUGUUCAUGGUCGCACAUGUGCUGAAAAAAGGCUUUAAUGUUUUUAAAAUACUUCUUCUUAUAAACAGAUGGAGUUAAAUAGCCAAUAAUACUACACUUAACUACAGAUAUAAAUACUUGAAGAUGUUGAGUGAGAAUUCUUUCGUAACAGAUUCCUAAGAAUUGUUAAUUGUGGCUUUUGUACAGAUUUGUAGUAAUUUUCUUAUUUAAUGAAGUUUUCAUUGUGAAUAUGUGCUCAUUUGGGGCAUAGAUCCUAUAUCUUGUUAUGGUGAGGUUUGGUUUUGUGUUUAAUGGGAUUUCACUGUGAGCCCCAACCUGGAGUGAAUGCUCAAAUCAGCCCCUUUCCUCUCCUGCCAGGUUUAAUUUUGGCUGUAGGUGUGUGUGGUGAGUUCACAAGGUGUUUACCAGCACUCAGAGCUGUAUCACAGAGUCUGUUAAGUUAAUUCCUUUAUUAAAGCAUGAAUUUAAUGCA